UUAACUUUUAAUUAAUAUCAGCAGGGUGCUGUCUCCCUCCUGCAUCUGUAUGGCUUUGUAAAAGCUUUUUCUAGCUCAAGACAGGGUUGAGCUAAGUCAAAGGGAGGAAGUCUGGUGCAUGAGGGUCAGUGAAAUGAAGAAAGGGGAGAGAGCAGAUUGAGAGAGGAUACAUGUCCUCAGCAGAGGAAGGACAAGGUGUGGAGCAGCCGGCUUGGGUGCUACUUCAUUUCUGGAGGCUGGUGGGCAAUACAUGGGAGCAGUGAGGUCGAGACAGCAGCAUGCAGAAAAGGAGGGCAACGUAUGGGUAGGAUCAGGCAGAGUUUUGAUGGGAUUGGUGGAAUGGGGUGCUGGGGAGACAAAAAGGCCUAAGCUGCAUGUCGGAAAGGUGUCAGGUAAAUGCAGCAGCUCCUGCUGGAGAUUCCUGUUUGCCUUUCGACUGGCAGGACCACUCCAGCCAUCUCUUUGUGUUUCACCUACUUUGAAUGUGCUUGUUUUCUUCAAAGACAGCAUGCCUGUGCUGUGCUCUGCCUCUGUAUAUCCAUUAUGUCUGCUUCCUGGCAAAGGCAAACCUGACCUUGACACACACAUGUGGUUCCUUCUCCCCUUUUAGCAGCGUCGCCCGUAAGCUGAAAAGCUGGCCAGCACAAUGGGAAAAAAGCAGAACAAGAAGAAAGUGGAAGAGGUCUUAGAGGAAGAGGAGGAGGAGUAUGUGGUGGAGAAAGUCCUGGAUCGGCGAGUAGUAAAGGGCAAAGUGGAGUAUCUGCUGAAGUGGAAAGGAUUCUCGGAUGAAGAUAACACGUGGGAGCCAGAAGAGAACCUCGACUGCCCGGACCUCAUUGCAGAGUUCCUUCAGUCCCAGAAAACUGCACAUGAGACAGAGAAGUCUGAGGGAAGCAAACGCAAAGCGGAGUCUGAUACAGAGGAUAAAGGGGAAGAGAGCAAACCAAAGAAGAAGAAGGAGGAGUCGGAGAAACCGCGAGGCUUUGCCCGGGGGUUUGAGCCAGAGCGGAUCAUUGGUGCCACGGAUUCCAGCGGGGAGCUCAUGUUCCUGAUGAAGUGGAAGAACUCUGACGAGGCCGACCUGGUGCCUGCAAAGGAAGCCAACAUCAAGUGCCCCCAGGUGGUCAUCUCAUUCUAUGAGGAGAGGUUGACAUGGCAUUCCUACCCCUCAGAGGAUGAUGACAAGAAAGAGGACAAGAACUAACCCCUGGCACCCGCUCUGGCCAGCCUUUGUAUAAAGAUCUGAACUGUGGGUUUGAGCAAGAGGGAGAGAACGCAGCUCUACUCGGUUGGGAGCGUAGAGAUGGCUGGAGAAGAUGCCCUUUGAAGAGACCAGUAUGGUUUCUGUGCCCUGCAGCUGCUCAACUGCUCUAUGCAGCUUCAUGCUGUGUACAGAUUCAAACCAGCCCAGCUUGAUUGGGGGGAGGGAAGGGCAGGGGAUA